AUGAGCUUCGGCUCGGAACACUACCUGUGCACCUCCUCCUCCUACCGCAAGGUGUUCGGGGACAGCUCUCGUUUGUCAGCGCGUCUCUCCGGGACAAGCGGAGCGGGCAGCUUCCGCUCGCAGUCGCUGUCCCGCUGCAAUGUGGCCUCGGCAGCCUGCCCCUCUGUCUCCUCGCUCGGCCUGGGCCUGGCCUACCGCCGGCAGCCGGCGUCCGACGGCCUGGACCUGAGUCAGGCGGCGGCGCGUACCAACGAGUAUAAGAUCAUCCGUACCAAUGAGAAGGAGCAGCUUCAGGGUCUCAAUGACCGCUUCGCCGUAUUCAUCGAGAAGGUGCACCAGCUAGAAACACAGAACCGAGCGCUUGAGACUGAGUUGGCCGCGCUGCGGCAGCGCCACGCCGAACCUUCGCGCAUCGGUGAGCUAUUCCAGCGCGAGCUGCGCGACCUGCGCGCGCAGCUGGAGGAAGCGAGCUCGGCGCGCGCACAGGCCCUGCUGGAGCGCGACGGGCUAGUGGAGGAAGUGCAGCGGCUGCGGGCGCGUUGCGAGGAGGAGAGCCGCGGGCGCGAAGGCGCCGAGCGCGCCCUGAAGGCUCAGCAGCGCGACGUGGACGGUGCCACGCUGGCCCGCCUGGACCUGGAGAAGAAGGUGGAGUCGCUGCUGGACGAAUUGGCCUUCGUGCGCCAGGUGCAUGACGAAGAGGUGGCCGAGCUACUGGCCACGCUGCAGGCGUCGUCUCAGGCCGUGGCCGAGGUGGAUGUGGCUGUGGCGAAGCCAGACCUAAGUUCAGCACUGAGGGAGAUUCGUGCUCAAUAUGAGUCCCUGGCCGCCAAGAACCUACAAUCGGCGGAGGAAUGGUACAAGUCCAAGUUCGCCAACCUGAAUGAGCAGGCAGCGCGCAGCACGGAGGCCAUCCGGGCUAGCCGCGAGGAGAUCCACGAGUACCGUCGCCAGCUGCAGGCUCGCACCAUCGAGAUUGAGGGGCUGCGCGGGGCCAACGAGUCUUUGGAGAGGCAGAUCCUGGAGCUGGAGGAGCGGCACAGCGCUGAGGUGGUCGGCUACCAGGAUAGCAUUGGGCAGCUGGAGAAUGAUCUGAGGAACACCAAGAGUGAGAUGGCUCGCCACCUUCGGGAGUACCAGGACUUGCUGAAUGUCAAAAUGGCUCUUGACAUUGAAAUAGCAGCUUACAGGAAACUGCUGGAAGGUGAAGAGACCCGUUUUAGCACCAGUGGAUUAGGCAUUUCAGGGCUGAAUCCACCUCACAAUCCAGGUUAUCUGCUUGCACCUAGAAUCCUCAGUUCUACAACCUCCAAAGUCUCAUCCACUGGGCUGUCACUUAAGAAAGAGGAGGAGGAAGAGGAGGCUUCUAAGGUAGCCUCUAAGAAAACCUCCCAGAUUGGGGAAAGUUUUGAAGAAAUUUUGGAGGAGACGGUAAUAUCUAAGAAAACCGAGAAAUCAAAUAUAGAAGAAAGCACCAUCUCAAGCCAAAAAAUGUAAUUCAGUUGCUUAAAAAGUUAGUGCUUAAGAGGGAAUAAUAUGCAUUUGACUUGUUAAACAACCUGUUCUUGAACCAAAACACCUGUCACCACUAUCAAUGUCUCCAAUGCUUCAGUCUUAUACUUAGUAUUGAAUACUUUCUCGCAUACGAAAAUCCCUCUUUAGGUUGGAGCAAAUUGCAGUCCGAGAACAAUUACAGAAGAGUUAUCUAAGAAUACAGCCUUCUCACCUACAGCUCAGGCUUUGCAGAGAUAGAUGAUUCAGGUGCAGAGGAAGUACAAACUAAGGUGCUAAAUCUGUGAUCAUCGUCAUUUGCUGUGAAUAGAAAUUAAAACCUACAUUCACUCACUAUACCCAGCCGUUAACCCAGC